GAAAUAGUAGCAGGAGCGCCAGCAGAAGUCCUGUUCGAAAUGGUAGUAGAAGCAUCAGCAGAAGUCCUGUUAGAAAUGGUAGCAUGAGCCCAGGUAGAAGUAUUAGCAGGAGCCCAGAUAGGGUAAGGAAAGGUAGGAGUAUCAGUAGAAGCCCCCCAUUACGAACCAGGUCUCAGAGAGGUGUCAGCAGAAGCCCCUUGAGAUCCAAUCCACAUAGAAGUCCAAGCAGGAGUCCACCUAGAAGAGCCUCUAGGAAAUCAAUUAGUAGGAGUCCUGCAAGAGUUUCCAGAAGUGCAAGCAGAAGUCCAGUAAGGUCCUCUCGUCAGAGCUUGAGCAGAAGCUCAGGUAGGGCGCCUUCUAGGAGAAGUAUCAGCCAAAGUCCUCGAGCACCAGUUAGGAAUCGAAGGAGCUACUCUAGGAGUCCUAGUCCCAUCCGAAGGCCAAAGUCACCAGUUUCUGAUAGAGGUAGAAGUGCAUCAAGAAGUGUUUCUCCAGAAGGGUCUCCAAAGCGCAUCAGGAGGGGCCGUGGUUUUAGUGAGCGAUAUUCAUUUGCUCGAAGGUACAGAACACCCUCAAAGUCUCCUGUCAGGUCAUACCGUUACAGUGGAAGAGGUGAACGUGACAGAUAUUCAAGUUACAGAAGGUAUUCUCCUAGGCGUUAUCGAAGCCCUCCUAGAGGAAGGUCUCCGUUAAGAUACAGAAACAGAAGAAGCAGGACUCCCUCUGCAUCCCGUAGUCCUCGUUACCGCAGUCGUCGUAGUCGACGUUAUAGCCGUAGCCGAACCCCAAUUCGGAGCCGUUCCCCAGUCGAGAGAUCCAGGUCUCGUGUGUCUCCUAGAGUAGUUGGGCGGAAAUCUCCUUCAAGGAGCAGAUCCCCAUCGAAAUCAAGGUCCCCUGCUGACUCGCCAUCCCCCAGAAGGAGUAGCAGAGAUCGGUCCAGGUCAUCACCUUCUGGUAGCCCAGAUGGGAAGAAGGGUCUGGUCUCUUACGGUGAUGGAUCUCCAGAUUCAGAUAGGUGAAAAAAAAAAAAAGGGUUCGAGCUCGAAAGACAAAAAAAACUCGUUUUCGUGGAGACUAUCCGAAAUGAAUUUAGGCGUUGUAUUAUUAUUAUUAAAUCCGGCUUAGAUCUGUACCAGAGUAUGCUUCGUAGGAUAUUAAGUGAAUAAUAUUAUCAUCUUGGAUCGUGUUUUUAUUAGGUAUUCAGACAGUGUUUGUAUGUUUGCUUCGAUAUCUCAUGUUAGAUUAAAAUCCGAAGAUUCUAGUUGCUACAA